UAACACAUUCCAAAUUCAUUAGUCUCGUAGUCCAUUUGUUUUGUUUUUCUUUUUUCUCUUCAUAGUUCAUACUACAUUAAAGGUAAAAGAAAAAGUCAAAACCCAUGGCUUUUUAGGGCAGUGAAGGUAGAGAAACAUGAUCUGGUUAGUAGUUUCCUAGAAAUAACUGUUUUGGAUUUGGCCCCCAAUUCCCUCUUAAUCGACACAAACAACUCACACUCUCCCCACAAAUCCCCAAAUCAACUCAUACCCUAUUCAACUGAACAUACGCCACUGAUUCUUGAUAUUGUUUUGGAUCGGAGAUCAAUCAUUACUUGUUUGUUGCUGAUGUGUGGAAGUGAAUCCUGAAUUGGAAGGGAAUCUUAAUAAAAGAUGCGCCGGCGGGCGGCGGACUUCCGGCGGCCGCCUCGACGGAGGUUUUCAGUUUGGAUCUGGGUGCUUCUUGGUUUAUUAUUAUUCUGUACAGCUGGAUUCAUUCUAUUGGUUCUUAAACAGAAUCAAGAAUAUCAAGAUCUUGCACAACAUCCCACACUGGUGAGAAAUGGUGGAACAUUGCAAUCUGCACAAAACAAAUUAAAUUUAACCAAAGAGACAACAACUAGUAAUUCAUAUGCUAGACAGUUAUUAGACCAGAUGACACUUGCAAAAGCAUAUAUAGUUAUUGCAAAAGAACAUAACAAUCAUCAUCUUGCUUGGGAGUUAGCUUCAAAGAUUAGAAGUUGUCAGUUUCUUCUUUCGAAAGCCGCCAUGAGAGACAGCCCGAUGACACAGAACGAAGCGGAACCACUUAUAAAAAGCUUGUCGACGCUGAUUUUCAAAGCACAGGAUGCGCAUUACGAUAUUGCCACCACGAUUAUGACCAUGAAGUCUCAUAUUCAAGCGCUUGAAGAAAGGGCGAAUGCAGCCACUGUUCAAAGCACGUUUUUUGGACAGUUGGCGGCCGAAUCGGUUCCCAAGAAUCUGCAUUGUGUUAAUCUUAAACUGUUGGCUAGUUGGCUUACGAUGAAGGAGCUGCACGAGGUUACAAAUGAGACCAAGAACUCGCCGAGAUUGGUAGACAAUAAUCUUUAUCAUUUCUGCGUAUUUUCAGAUAAUUUACUUGCGGUUUCAGCUGUGGUCAACUCAACCAUCUCAAACACUGACCACCCGAAACAGCUUGUGUUCCAUAUAGUCACAAAUGAACCCAACUAUGGAGCUAUGCAAGCUUGGUUUGUUAGUAACGACUUUAAAGGGUCAACGAUCGAAGUGCAAAAAGUCGAAGACUUUACUUGGUUAAACGCUUCUUAUUCACCGAUUGUUAAAAAACUAACAGAAACCGACUUUCAGGGAUAUUACAUUGAAGGGUCUAAAGAUUUGAACAAUGAGCCAAAGUUUGAAAAUCCAAAGUAUCUAUCUUUAUUAAACCAUCUUCGGUUUUACAUCCCUGAAAUCUAUCCUCACCUUGAAAAGGUCGUCUUUCUUGAUGACGAUGUCAUCGUGCAAAAAGAUCUGACUCCUUUGUUCUCGUUGGAUCUUCACGGGAAUGUAAACGGGGCUGUCGAAACUUGUCUUGAAGCGUUCCAUCGGUUUUAUAAAUAUUUUAACUUUACAAAUCCGGUUUUGAGCUCCAAGUUUGACCCGCAGGCUUGUGGGUGGGCGUUUGGUUUGAAUGUUUUCGAUCUUGUAGCUUGGAGGAAUGCUAAUGUGACAGACGUGUACCAUUACUGGCAAGAACAGAACAGCGAUGGAAGUUUGUGGAAGUUAGGGACGUUGCCAGCGGGUCUGUUAGCGUUUUAUGGAAGGACCGAGCCGCUUGACCGAAGAUGGCAUGUGUUAGGGUUGGGUUAUGAUGUGAACAUUGAUAACAGGCUUAUAGAGAGUGCAGCUGUGGUUCACUUUAAUGGGAACCUGAAACCGUGGUUAAAGUUUGGGAUUGGAAGGUACAAGCCGUUAUGGGAACGGUACGUGAACCAAACGCACCCUUAUCUUGUUGAUUGUGUCACAAAAUGAGGGGAUUAGAAGGUUGAGAAAGUGUAGAAAAGUUUUGUAUUGUUUAGUUGUUCUAUUUUUUUGAAGAGAUGUUUCCAUAAAAGAAAGUGUAUUAUUUAUCCAUUUUGCCAGCCAUACAAGCAAAUUUUGUGUAAUAAUUAAAUUCCAAACUGUUGGUUUGCCUUUUUGAUGAA